AUGCGUACUCAUUUUUUGUUAGCUAACAAUGCAGGGGUUGAUGGGAAGAAGCCUCCAACGACGUAUGUGCCUCCCGAACAAACAUUAGACGAAAAUCAAAUGUUUGAAUCCAUUUGCAAGGGCAUCAACUUUGAUAAAUAUGAAGAUAUACCUGUUGAUUGCACCGGACAAAAUCCACCUCAAAAUCCAAUAUCUAGCUUUGAAGACUGUGCAAUUCAUGCAACCCUCAAAUCGAAUGUAGUCAAGGCCAAAUACGACCGACCAACACCAAUCCAAAAGUGGUCCAUUCCAACAAUUCUUCUUGGUCGCGAUCUCAUGGCAUGUGCUCAGACUGGUUCUGGAAAAACAGCUGGUUUCCUGCUUCCUGUGUUGACGGGUAUGUUGGAAAGGGGCAUAGAAGGAAGUCCCUUCACUGAAUUGCAAGAACCACAAGCCAUCGUAAUCGGUCCAACCAGAGAACUGGUUGCACAGAUAUACAAAGAGGCUUACAAAUUUUCAUUGAACACGAGGAUCAGACCUGUGGUUGUGUAUGGGGGUGUUUCAGUUUCUCAUCAGUUGCACGAAAUAGAAAAGGGAGCUCACAUUGUCAUCGCCACCCCUGGAAGACUUAUUGACUUUAUAAAUAGAGAAAAGAUUGGGCUGUCUAAAGUAAAAUACUUGGUUCUGGACGAGGCAGACAGAAUGUUGGACAUGGGCUUCAAAGACGAUAUCACAAAAAUUUGCUGUAGGAUGGGCAUGCCUGAUAAAUUCAACAGGCAAACAUUGAUGUUCAGCGCCACGUUUCCUUCUGAGAUCCAACAAAUUGCUCAUCAACUUCUUAAUGACUACAUUUUUAUCACAGUAGGCAUGGUAGGAGGUGCAAAUCAAGACAUUAUUCAAAAUAUUGAAUUGGUAGAAAACAAAGAGAAACAAGAAAAACUUUUGAGUAUUCUGAAAAACCAAAAUAGUGAGGAACGUACUUUGAUAUUCGUAGAGAAGAAAAAAAUGACGGAUUUUCUCGCUUUAGUCCUUUGCCAGCAUAACUUACCAGCCACAAGCAUACACGGAGAUAGAGAACAGAGGGAAAGAGAAGAAGCUCUAGCAUAUUUUAAAUCUGGAAAAACUCCAAUUUUAGUGGCUACAUCCGUUGCAUCUCGAGGCUUAGAUAUACCAGGUGUAAAUCACGUUAUCAACUAUGAUCUACCUGCCAGCAUAGAUGAGUAUGUACAUAGGAUUGGUAGAACUGGUAGAUGUGGCAACAUUGGUCAGGCAACUAGUUUUUUCAAUCCAUCCAAUGAUUCACAGCUUGCUAGACCUCUUGUAAAAAUUCUUUCCGAAGCCUCUCAAGAAGUUCCACAUUGGCUUGAAGAACAGUCUGGCUUAUCUUCUGGCCUUGGGGGCUUUGAAGGGCAAUCAGAGGAACGAGUCGAUCUUAGAAAAAAUGGAAAUAUUCAAAUAGCAGAUAGUACAAAGGAACAAUCAAUUUUUCCAUCCAACAAUUUUGAAGCACCUUCAGGUGAUUUUGGUGUUGAGGAAAGCUGGGAAUGAAAUCUUCUAUUUAGUCAAACUGCUGUGCCUUUACUACGUUUUUUUACACUUGAAUUCUUUUAAUUCAUACAUAUUUGUUUGAGAAGUAAGUUUUUUUUGUUCUUAUCACAUUGUACUUUGACAUAAAGGGAUAAAUCAUUACUUUGAAGAUUUUAUUUUUGAACUGU